UUGCUGACCAUUGAGGCGUAUCCCCCUGGCGGAGUGACAACCCUGCUCUCCUGUGCCCACGUCAGCUUAGUGUACAGGAUGGCGGUGCCGAGUUGGGAACGGGUGCUGAGGCUGCUGUUCUGUGGUGCGGGCAUUGCCCUCUCAGUGUAUGCCUAUCAUGUGGAGACUUCCAAGGAGAGGGACCCCGACUACACCGCACUAUGUGACAUCAAUUCGGGCAUCAGCUGCUCCAAAGUCUUCACCUCCAGAUGGGGACGAGGAUUUGGGUUGGUGGAGAAUAUCUUGGGAGCUCAGAGUCUGUUGAAUCAGCCCAACAGUGUGUUUGGCAUUCUGUUUUAUGCACUGCAGAUUCUGUUGGGAUUCUCACAGUCCGCUGCCGCCACAGUCACGCUGAUCGGGACAUCACUGGUGUCAAUAGCAGGCUCUCUCUACCUGGCGUACAUCCUACUCUACGUACUUAAAGAUUUUUGUGUUAUUUGCAUCUCAACCUACAUGCUGAACUUCAGUCUUCUGCUGCUGAACAUCAUGCGGCGCAAAUAUCUUAGCGCUCCUCCCAAGAAAUCGAAAAGCAAACGCAAGAAACACUGAGGUUUUUCAGUUUUGGGGUAAUUCCUGCUUUAUGUCCAUCAUUUUACACAACCUGCGAUGGAUAAACAAAACAAACAGGGAUGAAAAUGUAUUCUUAUCUGGAACCUGAAGCUCAGGGACAAAGCUGAAAACAGAAUGUGAUUAAUUCUCAUCCUCAAAUAAUGGACCAAUUGGGGUUUUUAUGCAACAAAAUCCCUUUAUCCUAUUUUUUUUUUUUUUUUUUUUAAAUGCCAAAGAAGGAAUGGUUUGAAGUGAGUUAGUGCUCCGUCCCAUAUAUUGGGAAACUGUAACAGAGUGCUGCCUAUCUCAGGGUGUUUAAGACAAAUAUGUUACAAUCCAUCAUACUUUAAUUUAAUUUUGUUUCUUAUUUUGGAGUAUUUUUAACUGUAAAAUUAAUGCCAGUUUUUUGGCAUGCUGUGGGGAUAUUUUGUUUAAUAAAAAGCUGCAUUUAUAAUAUCUAUGAUACUCAAGUGCUGAAUGUGUGUUUGCGUCAGGACAAAGCUGCUGUAUUGUAAGAUUUUUCCAGUUGUGAAACGAUCGUAUUCACUAUUAUAUUAGAGACCAUUAAAACUCAUCUUUAAACCAGGUUAAUGUGAUUUAUGAACUACAUUUGCUCCUGGCAGAGUGACUGUCUCACUACAGUGCAACUGAGUCAGCCAACAAAAGGAUUCAUUACUUUCUCCAGCUUAAAUCUAUUCUUUUUUUUUUUUAUGUUCUGCUUACUGACCAUUUUAAGGAUAAUCUUUAUCACCAUAUGGUGAGACUAAAGGUAAUUUACAGCUGCAGGAAAAUCAUCUAGAAUUCUGCUUUUAUACAUUUAUUGUGUGAACUGUAGUCUGACAUUUUAUUGCGUUAUCUCGAACAAACUGCUAUUCAGAAGUCACGUUGUCAAGUGUUGCUGAAUGUACAAUUUGUUUUAAAUGUUAAUUAACCAUUUUUUUUUUUUUUUGUAAACCAUUCCGUUUUUUUAUGGCAUUUUAUAAUAAAGCGGGAUUUACUCUA